GGCUAAUUCUAUUGAAGAAAAAAUUAUAAUUGUGCAAUUGUCAACCUCACGGGCACCAUCCCUCUUCACGCGUGCUGUAAUCGUACGGUCAACAUCAGACCCGCGAUAAACGGAAGUGCAUUUCCAAGAACAAUGCCGAUCUAAUCCAACGGCUGAUAUCAUCCUUGUUUGACCCAUCCCAUCACGCCUUCAUAUCUUAGGAAAGAGGAACAAAAUCCUCCGAUUCCCAAUUUCAUCUUAAUUCUCAACUCUCAACAAACCCUUUCUUCUCUCAUCUCCGAUUCCCAAUUUUCAAUUUUCAUUUUCCGAUUUCCAAUUUCCUUUCACAUCUUAUUCAAAUCUCAGGUCAGGGUUUUGGGUUUGUAUUUUCUGAUAUUUUUGAAUUGAGCUAAAUCAAGAUGCCGUGGUUUUCCCUUUUCAAGAGAAGUUGUGUUUGCUUGGUGGUGUUUUUUCGUGUGAUUCUGUAAAUUAAUUAGCUGAGGUGAUUAAGCUGUAGAGGAACUCCUCUAAUUAGUGUUUUUUUCCUUUUCAUUACCAAAACUACUGUGAGGACUGAUAAUGUUAAUUGCGAAAAUUGGGUACAUUAAAAUGAGUGUUGGAGUUAUUGCAUACAGUCAAUUGAUGUUGGUUUGCCAGGCUGAGUAUUUUCGUCAAUUGCUUAAACCUGUUACGUAGUCUAGCUUCAAGGAACGUUGGUUUGGGUUUGGGGGAUAGAUUGCCUUAUAUUGAGCUGCUUCAUUAGAAGGCUGUCAUAAAAAGUCGAAGUUUUAUUUUGUUAAAGUUGCCAUUAUUUGUUACAUGGAAUUGGAAUUAGCUUAGUACCUGCUGUUUAGUUGUUAUAUACCUGUACAAACAUCCAUCCAGCUUUAGUACAAAAUAAUUUCCAGUUGCAUAGGCUGAACCAGCAUUGAUUUCACGUAGUUUAGUGAGAGUGAACAGAUACUUUAAUGCAGACUCACAAUUAUUUUCAUCCGGGAAAGGCGGUACUUCCUUUGGCAGAUGAAGCCAUUGGUACUUAUAUGAAUGCUCCACAUGCUUCUGCAUUUGAUGCAGCUUUACCUCCGGGUGUGAGGCAGAUGACACCAUUUGAAAGGUUUAACUUGCAGCCCUCAGAGGUUUGCCCUAAGAAUUUCAUCGUCUUUGAUCAAACGGAUCAACAGAACAGGAUUUUGUUCCAUCCUGCGACGACCUACAAGUUUAACAGUCCUGGCUUCAACACUCAUGCUACUUAUACCCAAGAUUUUGAAAAAGAUAAAAUUAAUCAAAUGGAAAGGGAAUUGUCAUCUUCUUUUGAAGAGGACUCUAAGGACAUUGAUGCGUUGAUGAGCCUAGACUCGGACGAACUGGAAAACUAUGACGACGAAGAAGUCAGCACAGCAAGGACUCAUGAAAAAGACGAUAGUACAUCUGAUACUUGCUCCAGUUAUUGCACGAAAUCAAGGAAGAAGAAAAGGUUGUUACCAUCUUCUGUACAAAACUCUUCCGGGACAAAGGGUUACUGCAACAGUGAAAAGAAACAACACCUAGAGAUGAAGAGGAUGGUGAAAAUGUUGAGAAAUAUUGUGCCUGGUGGAGGCAACCAAAUGGACACUGUUACCGUUUUGGACGAAGCUGUAAAAUACCUCAAAACUCUCAAGGUUGAAGUGGAGCAAUUCGGUAUUGGACCGUGAAAAUGUUAGUCGGACAAUACAUAUGUUGCCGACUUGCCGCUGCAGUCAAAACUCUAUAUGUUAUCGACUACUUUCCAUCGUCAGCCUCGCACACCUUCCUUGUUACCUUUUGUGGGAAGAUGCCUUGCAAAGUAAUAAAUUUGCAACUGACAUUUUACUUAUUCUGGUCAUGUAAGAAAAUGCUGCAAUAAUUGUACUUCUAGCUAGUGUUUGACACUUGUACUUUUUUUUUUAUUUCUUUUCUGUAUGAAUUGUUGUGAUUGACUGAAGCUUCUUUCUUUAAAAUAAUGUUUAUUAUUAUGCAUGUUUUUAUGUCAUGAAUGUAAUGUACUAUAAAUUUACUGUA